GAGUCCAAUUCACCAAUUCAGGAAGUCGUGUCUCUGACAUCAGUGACUGUUAGAGUGAAACCUCAAAAAUGCAGGGCGUGAGCCAGCUUGAGGGGAGGGAAAACAGAGGGAGCUUUUCUUACAGAGUGCAGACAAGGCAGCCCAGACUCCGAAAUGAACUGUCCAGGUACACAAGAAAAAGAGAAGAGGGAGGAGUUUGGGGGAAGGGGCGGGGGGAGAAGGGAGGGGAGGGGAGGAGGCAGAGGGAGGAAGGACUUUGUGUUACUUAUCUGACAGCCUAAGACCAGAAAAAACAGUUUCUCACCAUUUCCUUUAGAUGCUUAAAACAUAUCAACUUGGGUGGGGGCAAACUGAGGGAGGGGGAAAGAAAGAAGAAAAGAAACUAUGAACUUCCUUUCAAAACAUUAAGCUGUGGUGACGCAGCUGGGCUUGAGUUCUAUUGAGAUCGUGGAGGGAACCUAAGAAAGCCGACUCGUGGACUUGGAGGUUCUUCUUCCCUGGCCAUCUCCUUGCCUUCUUACUAGAGUCCUUUCUGCCUGCUGGAUUUCUGAGGGGCAGAAGUGGUCAGAAAGAGCUGGUGGCUUGGAUUAAAAUGUCCAGUUUCAUUCAUGACCCAACCAUUUCAACAUGAAACCUACAGAGUGAAAGGUGCUCUCUACUGGGAUUUCUGGAUCUUCCUCAUCUUCCAUAAAGACAAGAGACAGAGGCAGGACUACACAUCAGAGAGAGAGAAAGAGAGAGAGAGGGAGGGAGAGAGAGAGAGAGAAGAGACAAACUGACCCAUUGAAAAGGUGGUGAGCAGGAAGAUUUAAUCUGCCUUGAUCUAGCCACCUCCAAUGGAGAAAAUUAGCUCCUUCUUCAGCUCCCUCUGGAACCUCAUCUAUACCAAACAUGAGCAGGGUCUCUUCAAUACCAUAUGCCUGGGGAUACUCUUGGGGCUUCCUGUACUCGUCCUUCUAGCACUCUUAUUCAUCUGCUGCCAUUGCUGCUGGAGCAGGCCAGGCAAAAACAAUGGCCAUUCAGAAAGGAACAAGAAGAAGAAGAAGAAGAAGGAUGAAGAGGACCUAUGGAUCUCUGCUCAACCCAAGCUUCUUCAGCUGGAGAAGAGGCCAUCAUUUCCUGUCUAGCAGGAGGAAGGAAGCAAAGGCAUCCUCUUCCUGAGUCUUCGAACCUUAGAUCCAGCCACCAUUGUUCAGGGAAGAAGAAAUCCCCAACGCGGCUACCCUGAGUGACUUCUAAACUAAGAUACUCCAAAGCUGGCAAACAAAACAGCCUGAGACCCGUCAUAGUGAACAGACCUACAUGGAGACCCACAUGCAAUGGGUAUUUUAGUCAAUCUGAUCACAGCUUAACCACUGUGGGUGCUCAAGAAAUGAACAAUAUUUAAUAAUACCUAUUGCAAUAGGUACAUUCACAUGCUCAUGCUUGCAUUAAAAAGACAAAUAGUUAUCCUACCAUACCGAAGGGCACAAAUAUGCUGUAAUACACAGUAGGGAAAAAAAGGACAAAAAAAAUCAGUGCGUGCACACACAUACAGCCAGGCACAUAGGCAGGUGUACAAGGAUAUAACACACUUAUCUGCACCAGUUCACAUCUGUAGAGUCUCUCGUAAAGACAUGCCCAAUUCUGUGCAUGUGUACAAGAAUAUUAAAAAUGUCAGGAAUGCUUUGCUGACCACUGUCUCCAUUGCUCCAACUUCUAGACAUAGGUCAAGUUGUAACUGGUAUAGAGAAAAUCAAUUCUGGGGUGGGAAAGAUUUUUAUGUCUCUCCAUCCCUGUACGGACAGUUAACCUUUCACCUGAAGGUGCCCAAGACACAUCUUAUUGGGCAGUCCAGGGCCUCUUAGGGUCCUGAGAUAUUAUACAAAUAUUGAUUCACAUAUACAUGCCAUGUCCCAGCGUUCUUGACCCUCACACUGGGUUAACAGCUAAACUUGUUAACAGGAUGGAUCAGAUUGCAUUUCAGUCUUUCUUACCUGAGAUACAAGUGUUAUACUUCCAAACUCCAUUUAGUGUUUAGUUCUCGCCCUCAGGGCUCCACAGCUGAGAGCCUUUCUCCUAGCAAUAACUAAGAGAGCUGCCUCAAAAGCCAGGUGGAUGUUAAUGGCCAGGAAGCAAUGGAAAACUAAUGGUUAGGUUGAAUGUACUGUUGCUGUCAUAUACCUACGUGGUGGUCUCAGUUGUUCAGGGAGAGCAAUGUCAAAUAGACAUGGAAAUUUGGAUGAUUUUAUACAAGAUGAAAGGAACUAAAGAGUCAGUGCUGUAAUUUGCAUGUUGAAUCCAAUGGCCUUAGGAUUGAUUGGAGUCAGUUGAAUGGGCACAUAUCAUGUUGGAAUUUGUAGGUAAAGGCAUAAAAGAAUGGAAAUUAUGGUCCUGAAAGAAAUCAAUGAAAGCCAGCGGACAAGUCUCAGAUGCAUUUUCUAAAGGUCCACACUGCCAAGGGGCCAGUAAUUCUGCCACUAUGCUGGAAAACCUCAGAAUGGAAUCCUGCAGACUUUUCUUCCUUCCUAUUUAUCACCACACCUAGCAUAGGGCCUUGCUCAUAGCCGAUGCUUGGUAAAUUUCCAAUGAUGAUCAUUGCAGGGGUGACAUUUUAAUAUCCCACUCAUUUAGAAGAAAGUCCCUACUCUACCUAAGUGAGUCCACCAAUUUCUCUAAUGGAAUAUAAGAGUUGCAUAUUGGAUUGGGAUAGUAAUGUACAAGAAAGAAGCAAGUGAAUGGUGCAGAUAUUUGCAAAGAUGGCUUUGUAUAAGCAGAUAUCCAUAGUAAACAUAUGUUCAAAAUAUAUUUCCAGCCCAUUGAAAGCCAAAGAAUUUGGGGGAGGUAGGCUAUUCUACUUAUGGAAAAUGUAAAGAACAGGCAAUCCCAGUUAAUAGAUUAUUUAAAAGAAGUAUGAUUUCUAAAUCAGUUUUUUUGAAAAUGGGAUCCCAUUUCCCCAAAGAAGCAAUGUUAUAAAUAGACGUUCAGUGCCUAGACCCUUAAAAAGCAUAUUUAACCCUUCAUGCUAUAAUAACACAGAGGCAACAGACCAUAGGAGAUAGCUUUGCUAAGUUCGGAGUCAGAAAUAUCUUGUUGGAAAGACCUGCCUUCGAUACUAGCUGGGUGACCCAAAACAAGUCCUUUAACUUCUAUACUCUUCAAGUGACUGACUCCCUAGAGUUUGCAUACCAAGCCAUACAAAGUUGGUGAAGGGAACUGCAGGAAAUGUGUUCCAAAAUUUGGGAGUUUCUAAAGGACUUUAAGUUUUACAAAGCGCUGACCUUAACAGCAACCAUAGAGAAUCUAUGUAGUAUCCCUUUUGUAGAUGAGAAAACUGAGGCUCCCCAAGGAUGAAUGAGUAAUUGCCCAAGGUCAUAUGGCUACUUCGCUCAGAAUCAGAUUUCAAACUCAACUGUAACAACUCUAAAUCUAGCUUCCUUCCUAGAAUUACACAGAAUUUCCAUAAAGUUGGACUCUAGUUCAACUGCAAUCCUGUACUUUACAGCCUAUUCACCAUUCAGUUAUAUACAACUAGAACAUUAUUUCUUUGAGAAAAUAUAUUCCAAACUUUAAGCUGCAAGACCAAAAAAAAAUGUCCUUUCAGAGGGCAUGGGGACUUGAUCCCUCUGCUCUCCCACCCAGGCUGUGUUUUCUGAUGCAUGAAAAGUAGCACUGCCUGGGUGUCAAGGGUUCUACAGGAGCAUACUGAGAAUUGAAGGAAGACUUUUUUCCCCUCUCUAGGGUAGAGCUGUGUGGUUCUCUAUCCCAGCUUGUGGAGAGUUGGGAAGGCAGAGAAGUGGAUCUAAAGAGUGUGAGUGAUAGAAAAUGAAAGAAAGGAAGCUACUAUCUGCCUUAGGGAGAAGCCAAUGAUGGUAGCCCCUUGCAGGAGUUUAAGAAGUAGGGGGACAGUCUGCCAGCUGAAGCUAUUUGUAAGUAUAGUUUGUGUGUUUAUAGAUCUGACUAUCACAGUAUCCUUUAUUUUUUCCCAGCAAAGUGGCCCAAACUUGGAAAAUACCCUAAUAUUUUGCUGGUACCCUGAACCUGUACUCCUUAAAGAAGAAUUCCCUCUGACCUUUGCUGGGGAUUUGCCACAGCAACCUGCCAUGUUAAAGACAAUUGACAAGUAGUUGCCCUGACAAGGUCUCCCAUGUAUAAGAUGCCCUGCCCACUCCCCCAAAUAGCCCCAGUCACUCUUCCAAAAUUGGAUGACCAGAAGGGUAAACAUGGAACAUAAUAGUAAGUGACAGGCAUGAUGGGGGUGGGGGUAGAGAGGGGGAGACAUCACCCUGGAUUGCAGACCUCACAAGUAGCCCAGUCACCAUGGCAACUGAUUGUUCUGUCGAGUUGAAGGCAGCAGUGGCUGGUUGCUACUGAAGCAGGGACAGGUCUCCCUGGGUGUUCAAGUAGGUCUGUUGGUCUCCUUCUCUCGCUUUAUGCAAGAAAUAGCCCAAAGGUCUCUCUUCAUAUGUGUCUUUGACCCAGGAUAUCUGUGCAGAAAUUUUCCAGAAGAAACUAAUUCCCCUCUGGAGUUGGCAAGCUAUGGCCCUGGAGAUACUGGGUGGACCCACAUACUUCGCCACUCUCUGUAAUUUCUCAUUCUUUUUUCCCAUCUCUAAAGCUUUCCACUUCUCCCAUCACCACUCUUCAGGGUCUGCUUCUUCCUCUCUUUCCCAACCCACCACUGGUACCAAUUCACUCUGUGACACUUACUCCCUCACUGCCAUUGGGUGGCCACAAUAAUUGCCUGUCUUAAGAGGAUGAAACUAAUGUAAAGCUGUAAGGACUACAGUGCCUGGGUCAACCCUGACUUGAGGGGUGCCAUUCCUAAAUCAGCACAGGCCUGGAAAGCUGGGGCAGAGGCUUCUCCUCCUUCAGAUUUCAAGUGGAGUCAGAGAGAGCUCAGUGAAAUUCAGCAGGGCCAGAUCAAAAGCCACCUUUCCCCAAUGUUCAAUAGGUUCAUUUUGUUGGCUUAUUUUUAUCUUUUGAAAAGAAGUAUAAAUGGACUAAUAUAUCUGCACAUCAGUAUUUUAUUUUCUGUAUAGUUCAAACAGAGAAAAAGUAUUUAAAUAAAAAAAAUCAUCUUUCU